ACACAAUUAUAACAAGUUUGAGCUGGCGACUGAGACGGGAAGUUUAAGAUAUUGCUACAUUAAUGCUUAACUGCAAAAAAAAAAAAAAGAAAAAGAAAAAAAAAAUUUAAAAAGCCGUCGUGCUGCUCUUACAUGCCUGACGCGGGUUUGUAAAACCGAGAGAGAAUUCCACUAAAGACAAUGUGAAAAGAAAGCUGUUUUUAACGGGAGGUUUGUUUGUUUUUUUCCCCUGACGGAUUUGGCAUCUAAUUCUUUUGCAUUUGGAUCCACGCAGACGUGCAAAGAGAGGUGGGGGGUGUCAGGCCUGUAAAUCAAGCCGGCGGCGCCUCUCCAGCUCUCCCAUGAAGUCGUGCGGGGUGCCGCUGGCCGCUGCAGCCUGCGCCGCUGGUCCGAGCCUCGGCGCCGUCGGGGAUGAGGAAAAGAAAAUGGCGGCGCGAAAGGCGAGUGAAGCCGAGGAGGACUUUCCGAAGCUCACGGCACCAGAGCGGGAUCGCCUGGUCGGCAUUGACAGCUCACUGUUUGGGUUUCAGAGGCUUCAUGAAGAUGGCGCCAGAACGAAGGCCUUGCUGUUAAAGGCCAUUCGCUGCUAUGAUGCCUACAUCUUAAAAGCUGAAGGAAAAGUUGAACCUGAGGUGUUUUGCCAGUUAGGGCAUUUCAACCUUUUGCUAGAAGAUUACCCUAAAGCAUUAUCUGCAUACCAGAGGUACUACAGUUUACAGUCGGACUACUGGAAGAAUGCUGCCUUUUUAUAUGGCCUAGGUCUGGUUUACUUCCAUUACAAUGCAUUUCAGUGGCCAGUGCAGCCCACCUCAUCAGAGGCCCAUUCUGGACAGAGAAGGGCAAUAAAGGCCUUUCAGGAGGUGCUCUACAUCGACCCCAGCUUCUCAAGAGCCAAGGAGAUCCAUCUACGGCUGGGCCUCAUGUUCAAAGUCAACACUGAUUUUGAGUCAAGCCUAAAGCACUUCCAGCUGGCUCUGAUUGACUCGACGCCCUGCAGCUUGUCCAAAGCCGAAAUUCAGUUCCACAUUGCUCAUUUAUAUGAGAUUCAGAAGAAGUACCGUGCCGCUAAGGAAGCUUACGAAAGCUUGUUACAAACGGAGAAUCUUCCAGCACAGGUGAAGGCAACUACCCUCCAACAACUGGGCUGGAUGCAUCACACGGUAGAACAGCUAGGAGACAAAGCCAACAAUGACAGCUAUGCUAUUCAGUGUCUGCAGAAGUCUCUGGAAGCAGACCCCAACUCUGGACAAUCUUGGUACUUCCUGGGCAGGUGCUACUCCAGUAUUGGGAAGGUCCAGGACGCUUUCAUGUCUUACCGGCAGUCUAUCGAUAAGUCGGAAGCCAGUGCAGAUACGUGGUGUUCAAUAGGGGUACUGUAUCAGCAGCAGAACCAGCCCAUGGACGCCCUGCAGGCCUACAUCUGCGCCGUGCAGCUGGACCACAGUCACGCCGCAGCCUGGAUGGACCUGGGCACGCUCUACGAGUCCUGCAACCAGCCGCAGGACGCCAUCAAGUGCUACGUCAACGCAACCUGCAGCAAGUCCUGCCCUAACGUCAGUGCCCUCACUGCCCGGAUUAAAUACUUGCAGGCUCAGUUGUGUAACCUACAACACGGUAGUCUACCAAGUAAAAGUAAAAUGCUUCCUAGUAUUGAGGAGGCGUGGAGUCUUCCGAUUCCAGCAGAGCUUACCUCAAGACAGGGAGUGCUGAACACAGCCCAGCAGCAAGCGUGCAAAGGCCAUCAGUGCGGUGAGGGCCAGCCCCUGCCUCCCCACGCGCUCCUUGCCAGCCAUGCGGCGGAGCACGCCAGCCCGGCCAAGAGGAAGAGGACCGCUAGCCCCUCCAAGAAUUGUCCGGAUUCCUGGCCGAGCCAGCCGAUCCAUCAGCCGGUCCCCAGCUGGUACUUAACCCCACAGAAGCUGCAGCUCUUGGAACAAUUGCGGGCCAACAGGGCGAACCUGAAGCCAGUGCCGCUGCAGAUGUUGGAGCAGCAACUCCUGCUUACCCAGCAGCACCAGAAUCAGGUGAGGGCGAGCGCCACCAGCGGCACCCGACCCGCCUUGCCCAACGGCACUGCGGCCAACGCCCCGCUGCCUGCGCUGAGCCCGCUCGACUCGGCCUCUCGCCCGGCCCCCGUCGCCCGGCCAAUCUGUGCCCUGCAGCCAAUGGCCAACGGCCCUGUCGCCAUGAGCCCCACGCCCUGCAUCCCUGCCAGAGCCCUGGGCAACACAGAGUGCCACUCUGUGGGCAAUAACCACGUCCCAGGGCUGGGGAGCAAUGCAAACGUGCCUUACCUGCAGCAAAACUCACUACCUCACAACUGCACAACCUCCACCAGCAGUGAGAACAGCCUGGCGUGGAAAAGCCAACGAGCCAACUCCACUCAGGGGCUCAACAAAAGUCCAGAAUCACAUUUGUCCGGUCCCAACAGCCGACCGCCUUCCUUUUUCCCCGGCGCUUUCCCGCCCACCCAGGCCUGCGUCUUCAAUCAGCUCUGCCGUUCGGGUUCCCGGGCCUGCGAGGCCCCUCCCGUUCAGCUCCCCUCCCUUCCUCCCCCGCACCUGGCUACCUCAGGUAGACAGCAAGGUGCGGCCCCGACCAAAGAGAGCAAGCCUUCGCAAAACGGGCACCCGGCGGGGAUGCCCGCCGCGGGACCGCCUAAUCACGUCCGCCAGGGCCCGGCUGCGGCGGCUCCCGGCUCACCCGCUCCAGACAAUCGCCCCCCCUCUGCCUUGACGACGGGGCAAGCCAACAGCGCCGAAAACGCCCACGGGGGCAGCGGGGCGCGGGAGGGUUCCGCGGCCUCCUCGCCCCGCUCGUCCGCGCCCACGCCCUCGCCCGACCCCGCAGUGCGGCACGCCCCCCAGGACCGCGUCGGCUGCCUUAACGGCCCCGGGCUCAAUGGCAAGGGCCCAGAGGACUCGCGUAGCCCCCUGCAGUCGGACUCUCCUCUGGUCUGCCGUAUGCCGUCUCCCCCGGCGUUGGCGUCGUGGUCUUCCGUCUCCAUCUACCCCAGCUCCAGCGACAUGCUCCGAGCCUGCAGAAACCUUGGGAAGAACGGCGUAUCCAACAACAGCAUCUUAUUGGACAAGUGUCCCCCUCCAAGAGUCCCUCUUCAACCCUUCCCCCCACUAUCAAAGGACAAACUCAACCCUCCGACUCCCAGCAUUUAUUUGGAGAGCAAGAGGGAUGCCUUCUUUCCUCCUCUGCACCAGUUCUGCACGAGCCAAGCCAACCCUGUUACGGUUAUCCGAGGCCUUGCUGGAGCUCUCAAACUAGACCUGGGCCUGUUCUCUACCAAGACCCUGGUGGAGGCAAACCCCGAGCACCCGGUGGAGGUGCGCACCCAGCUGGCUCAGCCUGCCGACGAGAACUGGGACUCGACAGCCAGCAGGAAGACGUGGCGAUGUGAGAGUAGCCGCUCCCUCACCUCCAUUUCCAAGUACGCGCAGUACCAGGCGUCCUCCUUCCAGGAGUCCCUUCGGGCUUAUGAACCAGGUUUUCCCAGCGCUUUAAGGACAGCGAGGGCAAGUCGCGCGACACGGACAUUUGGCAGACGGUCCCUCGCUCCUCGGCCGGGUUGCAAACGAUUUCCUCUGGUUUCUCCCUUCCAGGAGGAGAAUGGAAAGAAAGGUCAGAAGGACGCGGACCCGGAGCCGGCUCCCGCUGACACUCUGGCGCGGAGAAGGAGAGGGCCCUUCAAGCACAUCAAGUUUGGGACCAACAUUGACUUGUCAGACGAGAGGAAGUGGAAGCUGCAGCUGUCGGAGCUAAGUAAGCUGCCUGCCUUCGCUCGGGUCGUGUCUGCGGGGAACCUGCUCAGCCACGUGGGCCACACCAUCCUGGGCAUGAACACCGUGCAGCUCUACAUGAAAGUGCCAGGCAGCCGGACCCCAGGUCACCAGGAAAACAACAACUUCUGUUCUGUGAACAUUAACAUUGGCCCAGGAGACUGCGAGUGGUUUGCUGUGCCGGAGCCGUACUGGGGAGUUAUGAACGAAUUCUGUGAGAAGAACAACAUCAAUUUCCUCAUGGGCUCGUGGUGGCCUAACCUGGAGGACUUGUACGAGGCUAACGUACCAGUGUAUCGCUUCAUCCAGCGUCCGGGCGACCUGGUGUGGCUAAACACGGGCACGGUGCACUGGGUGCAGGCCAUCGGCUGGUGCAAUAACGUAGCCUGGAACGUGGGGCCCCUCACUGCACAUCAGUUUAAGUUGGCGGUGGAGCGCUAUGAGUGGAACAAACUCCAGAGUGUCAAAUCCAUCGUUCCCAUGAUUCAUCUCUCUUGGAACCUGGCCAGAAACAUCAAAGUUUCAGACCACAAGCUUUUUGAGAUGAUCAAGUACUGCUUGCUGAGGACGCUGAGGCAGUGCCAGGUACUGACGGAGGCACUGCUGGGGGCCGGCCAGGAGCUGGUGUGGCGCGGGAGGACCAGAGACGAGCCUGCACACUACUGUAGCAUUUGCGAGGUUGAGGUCUUUAACCUGCUCUUCGUCACCAGUGAGAGCAACUCUCGGAAGACGUACGUGGUGCAGUGUUACGACUGUGCUAGGCGCGUCAGUCCUGACCUCCACAGCUUUGUAGUUCUGCAGCAGUUUAAAAUGGAGGACCUCAUGCAGGUUUACGACCAAUUCACAUUAGCCUCACCUCUGCCUUCCUGCACAUCUUGACAUUAACAUUAGCGGUUCGGAGGACAACACCCCUGGAACGCGACAUAACCCUUUCUGAUAUUCAGGAAAAGCGACCCAGUUCCACUUAACUGGUUUUCUGUAGCAAAUCCUGCAAGGCUGCUGGUUCGGAGCAGUUUGUCUAUGCAAACCUGCCAUGUAUGGAGCGGCCCGGCCCGACCCAGAGCGCUGCAGGGGCCGGCCCUCCGCCUCUGACUGUUCUGCCUGACUCAGCAGUGCCCCCCAGAGGGCAAACUGCAAAAGACAAACUUCAAACAACGGGCAAAUUAGUGGGGAUAAAAAGUGUAUAUAUCAAAAUUUGCAAAAUCACACAAACUACUGAUGAAUCUACUUUCUUUUGUAUUGAUGUUUUGUUUUGUUUUGUUUUGUUUUGUUUUUCCCCCCUCAUUUCACAUGUGGGCUGAUGCAGGCCCUCGGAUCGUCUGUUCCACUAAAUGGGUACUAGCCUAGCUGGUCGGUCUUAGGUAAAUCUCUUUGGGGAAACAAAACUUAAGAAAAAAGAAUUGUAAUGUGAAGGUAAUUACAUUUUUUUAAACAGUUUCUAUGUUUGUCCUUUUUUAAUAUUACAAAAAAAAAACAGCCAAGUCACAAAGAAAAAGGAUUGCACAUAGCUAAGGAAUAAAACUUUAAUUUGUGAUUUUCUUUCUGUUAUGUUUCUAAUCUUGAUGUAAAUUUACACUAUUUAUAAAUGCAUAUUUAUUGCUUGAAAAUAUUUGUUGAUGGAAUGCUGUUAUUUUUUUCCAAGAGUACCUGCCAUUAAAUUUUAUGGAGCAAAUGUCGUUUUCAACAUUUCUCUUGUUUUCUACACAUGAAUAAAGCUGUUUAGUAAACAUUG